UCUAGAUUUCAGCAAUAAUCAUCAUCAUUACAUUCAAUAAUAAUUAUUAAACUUAUUUCACCCCCUUUAUUAUAACCAGUAAAUCUAAUAUAUUUUUUUUUCUAUAGUUUCAUUGCUUUUACAGAAAAACAUCGAUUAUAGAUCAGUAUCCACUAUUUAAAGAGAAAUGUCGAUCUGUCGACGAUAAAUCCAAAAGUCUCAGAAAUGCUUGGUGGCGCAGUACAGGUACAAACUAGCGUCAUACAAUGCCGGACGUGUGUAGUAAUGCAAGAGUCGCUUUUUCCAGACUCCCCACGACUUUGCGUCUUUCAAUUUCGGGAUUGGUCGGUUCAGCAAUGUAAUGGGUGUGCCAGUCUUGUAGUGUUGAGCAACCCAGUACACGGCGUCAUAGAUACCGUUCUCGCUGGAAUUCAAAAGACAUUCGCAAAGCUCGUCCUAAACGGAAAAACAUUCAGCGCUUAGUCGGCGUUGGGUUUCAUGUUUACCAAGGAACAUUGUCUCCUAGCCAACGUUUUCGAAGGUUAGCCAACAAUUAGGAAACAUUGUGGUCUCCCCACUGGAUUCCUCCAUUAAAUAUUACACUUGGAAAACAGUGAAAACUUUGGUAAUUAGUUGGGAGACUAUUUCGCUUCCAACAAUGGCAUUAUCUGGAACUGACUAGGCCAAAACUUUUGGCACAGACAAGGAAUUUUCGGCAUAUUGACAAGCAAUAAACCCAUGGUAUCGUCUGUCAAAUCAACCGUACUAUUAAUAAUGAACAAAUUUUUUAACGCUUUGAAGACGUCUUGAAGUUGACGUCUUGAAAAAGACGUCUUGAAAAAGACGUCUUGAAAAAACGCUUUGAAGUUUGCUGCGUUUUACAUGUAAGUUACAUGAAGUAAUAACAAAACUUACCUGAGGGGGAUUCUUCUCAACGGUUUCUUUAUACGUCAUCAGCACACGUGACCACACGUCAUGCAUGUGAAACUUGUGCACAAUGCGUUCGGUCGAUGACCAGUUCGGUCCGAGUCCAUCAUCGUCUUCACCAAUGCGCGACAAAAUGGCGUCAAUAAUGUUCAUUGUAUUCGUGGUAAACUGCUCAGUCAUGUGAUCUUCUGGGGCGUAAGGAAGAACCAAGUGACUCUAGGAAUGAAAUUUAGGCCGUGUUUAUGACCCUUAGGGCCGACCAUUAGAAAAGUGAUUCACUUCAGCUUGCACGAAUUUUUUUCGGCCGUCUACUUGUGCCGGAUUUUUUUUUUCGGAAUUUUCAAGAUAUUUUUCUUUGCUUUUCGUUUUACUCGAAUUUUUUUCUUUUGUUUUUCUUUGCGCGAAUUUUUUCGUCCUCCCCAGUCACCAUUUUUCCAAUGGUCCUCCUCUAAACUCUUUGAGUAAAUUCAGUUGAAUUUGGUGCGGUUCAUGAAAAGUUCGACGUUUGAACUUGUCUUAAGCUUUUCUUAAACUCUAUAAUAUAUUGCAUGUGACUGGUGAACGAAAUACUAGUAAAUCCUGAAAUACUACUGAUAUAAUACUAUGAAUAAUGUAGGUACCAUGUUUACUGCUGUCACGGGCGGCCCAAACGUACAACUCCUUUUUAAUCAUAUAUUAAUAGCCACUACUAAGAGUGAUUUUUAUUUUAUUCCCACAAGAAGAAUUUGCUUAUUAUUUUAUAAGAAUUCGCUUGUUCAACUCGACUGCUCGGAUGUCACUAUAAAUUAAUAGGAAGACAUUGCAGAAUAAGUCGAAAUCCGGCGCAAUACAUCAAAACCAGUGACUGGACGGCAUGGAAUUAACACUGGGAUUUUUAAAUCAAUGAAGUGACAAUGGAUCAUUCCUAUCACUGGAUCGUGACUGGAUGGCACAGUAUUGAUUUUUGAGCUAAGCAUAUAAUAUAAAAGGACAACAAUUCAUUGACAAUGAAACCUUAAAUACCUCAUCGCUGAUAUCAUGAUUUACAGUCGGGACGUUGUUGUGCUCUGUCGCACGAGGAUUGAACAUUCGUAGUCCUUGGACGGUCAUCGAGUGGAUAGUAUGAGCAAUGGUUUCGUUAAAGUUGUCUGACAUGUCAUAGAGAUAGUACAGUUCACUGCAGCCACCUUUUGCAUUCUUUACCACCGCGCUAUGUGCGCCAAACACACAAAGUACGAGGAAAAAUUCAAGGGAAAACAUCACUGCGCAAUGCCAAAGCCAAAAUGCUCGUUCUUGAAAGAUGCUUCAGACUAGCUUGCUGGCAUGAGAAUCACGAUACGUGUAUAUACAUGUACUGCUGAUAUGUUAGUUUAAGGAUUAAACAUUUCAUCACAUUUCACCACCUCAUUAUUGUGCGUAGCGUGCGUUGUUUGCGCUAAUUAUUUAAAUUAGGAAAUGCGCAAACACUCCCCUGGGUGCAUGUGUUCGUCAUAACUACGUACGUUAUUGAUUGUCAUUUGUCACAUAUAUGUACUACUAAAACUCAAUCAUUCUUCACUCUGACUCUGCUGUGAGUACAUUGUAAAUAUCAAGGAGCUAUCCAAUCAACUCCAAAAGUCAGAUUCUGUCACCGUUUUUUGGUGAGAGAAUAACCGCACUUUCUUGGAGUUGAGUCAACUACUUGAAAUUUACAGUGUAUGUUUAUUUGAGAAGUAGAGUGCUCGACACUUAAUUAACGCACACUAUACAAAAUUAACCUAAUCAAGAUCAAACAAGGUCACUAGACACUACAUACAGUGUUAGUGCUGCGACCAGCAUGUUUACGUUUACUUAAAAUAUGUAUAUACAUCUACGAAAAUCCUUAUAAACAAGUACAAUAAUAUGUUUACUAACUUUAAUAUAAUUCACAGGCUGUAGGAAAGUCCAUCUUUUAGUUUGUUUUAAAGUUGAAUGUUUGCCAAGUGUAUCAAUAUUUAUGCUGACACGUUUGAACUUGCAUCUUCGAGAUUAAAGACCAAACCAACAGCUAGGGAUUGGAAAAGAGUUUUAUCCAAUUUAAAAUGCAUAAAAUAUUUCCGAGACGGUUUAAGGUACGCUUGUCUAAGUUGUCUUGGAGUACGUGCAGUAUUCCAUUUCUAUUACAGAAAUAUUGUCAGAGACUUGAUAAAAAGACUUUUCUAUCAAUUUUGAUACGACUGAGAACUACUGAAGUCUGAAUAGUCGAGGAUGGAGUGGGAUCUCUCACCUACACCCCCAUCUUCCCCUCCUCCAACCACCCCCUACCUCCCCUUACAAUACUUUCGCUUCUGUGGACAUAAAAAGAGAAAAUAAUAUAUUUUUAUUAUUCAAAAGCGAACUGUCUGUUCGUCAAAGACUUCGCCACCUGUUUCGAUGGAUCACUGUACCUGCAUCAGUAACUUUGUGAAGUCAACUGGAACAAUAUUAUAAAUUAUCAACAGAAAAAGUUAAAUUCUAAGUCCUUUUGAAAAUAGAAACAAUUUGUUGAUAGCAAGUGAUAGAUAUAUACUGUAACUUGAAACCGGUGGUUGAAGAGGGAAGACAUUAAAUAUAAGUGAAGGUAGGAAGACACUACAUCUUAGAUAUGAUUCAAGUGUAGAACAAAGAUAUUAUUGUUUUGGGUUAACUUUACUUUGUUAAUGGAUUAAACUUGAUUGAUUGGUCAAUUUAAAAAGUAGCAGUGUUAUAUGUGUUCAUGCUAUACGGGGAAAAGAUUUUCAAUUUGAACAAGGAACUCGCACGGAACUUGACAAAACUGAUUAGACCAGUGUAAGUUCAUAGUUCAAACUGACAAGCACUAUCGCCUAGACAUGCACUACAAAGAGAUAAAGCCAAACUCAAGAGUUCACCUUGAAUUUGACCGUGAGAAACUGAAUAGUGACUGACCUGCUUUUCUACUUUCUAAUCAAGGUGCCGGACUGAUAGAGCUGCUCUAUAGCGGUAGAAAUUCACCAUGCUGCGGCAUCUCAACUGGGCUUGGGCAUGUAUCGUUCUAUGUGGGUUUUUCGUCUUGCAAUCUUUAGCAGAUGAUGGUACGUGGGUGCAAUUUGUUUCAAUAUAAUUACUGUAUAUAUAUGCAUAUAUUACGUCUAAUCGUUUAUAAAUGAUACAUCUAUAAAACUGUGUUAAUUAAUUGUGAAAUAAUUUAUGGUUUAUCCAGCCUGUUAAUAUUGGAAAUAUUAGUCUAAAGUAUUUUUGAUCUAUUCCUAGCAUAUCACAACUCUUCCAGAAAGAGCGUCUUCGUGAAAUUUGCUUUUUUCUUCUAUGAUAUAAUGCAUGUAAAUGCGUCACGUUUGAGAUACGCCUUCGUAGUCAGUUCAGCUCUCAAUCAAGUCAGGCGAAGAGAAGAUAAUUAGCAUCUCUACUUUACAUAUUGACAUUGUGCACCUAGAGUUCCGAAUUUCGAUAGCUGAAUCAUGUAUUUUUUUAAAAAAUGUUCAGAAUGGACUUGACUGCUAUUUUAAUCAUUGUCUAGGAAGUGGAAAAGGACUUCUUAUUCACAAUGCAUUUCGUAAAAAACAUCAUGCUCCACCGCUGAUCUGGAACACGGAGAUGGCAGGCCGUGCAAACAAGAUGGCGACAGAGAUGGCAACUAAAGGAACCUUGGAUGUCGCUCUGGUUAAAUCUAUUACGAAAUAUGGUGAAAAUGUUGCCAGAAUUUCAGGUAUCGAGCUUAGUUAACUGUUCGGGUUGUUUGAGAGAAUGAUAAGUUGCGUCCACUAAGUAAAUCAGGUCAUCCGCGUCAAUUACAAUGAAAUAUAUUUAAUCAUAGGAGACAUUUUGACUACCGUCCUGGUAUUUUCUAGAUCCCAGUUCAACCAACGCAGCCAACUGUGACAAUGCGUUCGAAGAAGCGGUAAAAUUGUGGUACAAUCAAGUGAAAGGAUAUAGUUUCGCUGCGCCAAGUCUCGACUCUGAUACAGACACAUUUACUCAGGUGGGAACUCAAUCUUGUACCCUUCUCGAAGUACUAUUUGAUGUAUCUACAACAUGCAUGGACGCGAAUGCCUUUGUAAAUGGCUUGUGAAACGUCUCGAUGAGAAUAUUCGUAUUCUUUAACAAUUUAAAAUAAAUGAAUGAUCAUUAGGUGCGAAAAUUGAACUAGUAAAAUGUAUGUAAAUCAGCAUGAUUUUGUAUCAGAUUCAGUCAGAUAUACAAACUCCUUCACGCUCGUGAUUUCUAUUGUGUUUUCUUCAUGAGUUAUUAAUGACUGUUUCACAAUCUACUUUAUUCUAUUUAUUCUAAAAUUUUAGUCUAUCAUUUCUCUCUUCCAUUAAAUUACGACCAAUUUCCUUUCGUAGGUCGUAUGGAAAGACGUAUCUGAGCUGGGUAUGGGCUGCAGUAAAAGUCCCACGAAAAAUGAAGUAUACGUUGUUUCUCUGUACAACCCCCCUGGAAACAUUCCCAGCAAACUCCGCUCGAACGUUUUGGAUCCCACAGGAAAAUCCUCGGAUGAUUUAUACGGAAGCAUCGCCAAGCGAUUUCAGACUUUUCACCAUAAGAAGAAAGAGUCACACAAUUGAAAUUCUUAUAUGGACGAUGCUUGGGUAGCAAUUCAUUUGCCAGGCAGCGUUCUCAGAAACGUUGUUAGCCUUCAACGAUGCGCAAAAGUUAUGUGAAAAGCGUCGAACCAUACUCAAAGAAAUUUUUUGCAACUGGCUCGAACCUUUCUCCUCCGCAGAGGUUUUAAAUCGGGGAAAUGUGAAGCACAUCAUAUAUUGUUCAUAUUUCUGUAAAGAUACAAGAUUAUAAUUACAAUGUUGGCAUUAUUUUCUGCUAUCUAUGUUGUGAAGAGUGAUAGUCGAUACAUUAUGUCUUUUAUAUUUACUUUGGGAAAUCCGUAGUUUAACAUUUUUACAAAAGUUGAAAAAAGAUCACUAAACCCAAAAACCACUAUCCACCAACCUUGUAACAAGCCGUUGACGACUUGUGAACAAGCCGGGAACAAGCAAGUCGCCGAACACAUCCUAGCUGGCGCCGGUUGUAUAAAAAAGUGAUUAAAGUUAACUAUAGUUAGUGGAAACGUCAUCCAAUAAG